CGGAUAUUGUCAGCGAAAUAUAUUGCAUGGAGUUAGUAUAAGAAAGUGACAAAUUUAAACAUCGUUUACAAUGUGGCAACGUUUCAUGCAUCACAGUUUCUAUGACGUUAUACCUCUCGAACUUGAUAGGGAGAAGAACUUCAAUCCAUAAUGUCUUUUGAGAUAGCCUACAGUAGCUCAAAAGUAAACCAUUGUGCAAGAAUUGCAGAAGAGAAAAAGACCUUACAAAGGAAAAGAAACAUAUUGCAUCUGAUUCAUCAACAUCUUAAGGAUGAAGGACUUCAGUGUUCUGCUCAAAGUCUGUCCAAAGAAGCAUGUUUGACUGGUGAAUAUGAAGUCUGUGACAACAUAGACCUUCCAACUAUAGUUAUGGAGUAUGAAACAUACUACUAUCUAAGAUUCCAAAAGUAUCCUAAAAUAUGCAAGAAGGCAGUAGAAAAUAGAGAAUCAACAAAUUUCUCAGUUCCAAAAUCAAAAAAUAACUUUCAAAAGAAGAAAACAGUACAAGCCAACAGUUCAUCAUCAACUCUGAAUAAUGAAAGUAAUUCCUUUGAGCAGAAAGAGGGUGGAAAAAAUGACUGUAAACCAGAUAAGUCAGUUGAUGCUGAACAGUUAUCUAAGGAUUUGCAGUCAGAGAUAAAGGUAAUACAACUGCUAGUGGCAGACAACAGUAAGACAGAAGAGAAUAACUCCAUCAGGAGUACAUUAUUGCAACCUCCACCACAUUUCAGUGGUGAAUACAAAGAUCUGGCAGAAAUUAUUAUACAGGAUAUAUGGAUGAUGAACUUGAAUGUUCACUGGGAUGAUGUAAAGGGAUUAAAUAAAGCCAAAAGUCUGCUUAAAGAAGCUGUUGUCUACCCAGUCAAAUACCCAGAGCUGUUCUCAGGAAUUCUGUCACCAUGGAAGGGUUUAUUACUGUAUGGACCACCAGGAACAGGGAAAACUUUGCUUGCCAAAGCUGUUGCAGCACAAUGCAAAACAACAUUCUUCAAUAUAUCAGCCUGCUCACUUGUUAGUAAGUGGAGAGGAGACUCAGAAAAACUUGUGAGGGUACUGUUUGACCUGGCUCGCCACUAUGCGCCAUCCACAAUAUUUCUCGAUGAAAUCGAUGCUCUUGCUUCUCAUCGUGAUGGGUUACUGGAACAUGAGGCAUCUCGUAGACUGAAAGCUGAGCUACUUAUUCAGAUGGAUGGAAUUUCCUCAUCUCAUGACAGUGUCUUUCUAUUGGCUACAUCUAACCUCCCAUGGGCACUGGAUGCAGCAAUACUGCGACGGUUGCCGAAGAGGAUACUUGUGGAUCUACCAGAUACAGAGGCCCGAAAAGCCAUGUUUCAGCACUAUUUGCCUCCAACAAUUCUCAACAAGCCACUUCUUCAGAGUGAUCUUAAUUAUUCUAAACUUGCUGAAGUCACAGACUGGUAUUCUGGUUCUGACAUCAAAUUAGUCAGUCAGGAAACACUGAUGAAUGCAAUCAGGCCAUUGUUCUCUGUCUUGGAAGAAUGUGAGUCUGGUACAAAUUUAUGUAAGCUGAAGGCCAAAGUUAUUUCAACAGAUGAUGUUAUGCAUGCUUUGACAAAAACAAGACCUUCAGCAUCUCACCUUGUUUCCAAGUAUCAGAAGUGGCAGGAAGAUUUUGGAUCUGCGUAGUUAAAACAAAGCUAGUGCCAAGGAAAGAAAAAAUAAAGUCAUGGCCAUAAAAUGGAAACAGAAGAAACUUUUUAUAUUUAUAUAUAAAUUACCAGCA